CACCAAUUACUUCAAGAGGAAGAUGGACACCAAAGAAGCUCCUAAUGGAGUUUGUUAGCCAUUUGGGCAAGAAACUGCUAUUUCCUGGAUUGCUUAACUGGACUUGCAGGACCUGCAGAGAAAUGACUUCUGAACUUGCUUAAAGAAAAGAUCUCACAUGGCCCAGGCUGACCUUGUCAUAGCUAUGUAAAGGAUGGUGAACUUUAACUCCUGAUUCUCCUGCCUGAACCUCCCAACUUUGGGACUGUAAACAGAAACCACCAUGCAAAGCUUUUCCUAAGGAAGGAACAUAAUUGCACAAGUUGGGAAAUCACCGCACAAACAGUAUGACAGUUCAGUGCACUGAUCUGCAAAUGCCAUUUCAGUACACCCUCUUGGCAACCACGUAUAUCUUUGGACAGGAGCCAUAACUCUAUAGGUCAACUUGAUGAACAUACUGAGAUAUUCAAGAUGGGCAGCAAUAGUACCGGCACUGCUGAGAAUAAUUGCAAUGUCACAUAUCUGAAAUUUCAGUACUCUCUGUAUGCAACCACCUAUAUCUUCAUAUUCAUCCCUGGACUCCUGGCUAACACUGCGGCCCUGUGGGUCCUGUGCCGCUUCAUCAGCAAGAAGAAUAAGGCCAUCAUUUUCAUGAUCAACCUCUCCGUGGCAGAUCUCGCUCACGUCCUGUCCUUACCUCUCCGGAUUUACUAUUAUAUCAACCGUCAAUGGCCAUUCCAGAGGGCUCUUUGCCUGCUCUGCUUCUAUCUGAAAUAUCUCAACAUGUAUGCCAGCAUUUUUUUCUUGACAUGCAUCAGCCUUCAGAGAUGCCUCUUUCUCCUCAAGCCAUUCAGAGCCAGAAACUGGAAGCGUAGGUACGAUGUGGCCAUCAGUGUUGCCAUCUGGGUCAUCGUGGGUACUGCCUGUUUGCCACUUCCCAUCCUGAGAAGUGCGGGCCUAGCCAACAACAGCGAAUCCUGCUUUGCUGAUUUAGGGCUUCAUGACAUUAGUAUGGCUUCCUCCAUAGGCAUGGUUACAGCUGCUGAACUUGGAGGGUUUGUAUUGCCUGUUGUAAUUAUUACAUAUUGCACAUGGAAAACAAGAAAAUCUCUACAGGAAUUCCAUGACCCACCCCAGAAUAUUAAAGAGAGGAAAAAGGCUUUGAGGAUGGUCCUAAUGUGUGCAGUGGUAUUCAUAGUGUGCUUCACGCCUUACCAUCUCAACUUUCCGUUUUUUAUGAUGGUGAAGCAACACGUCUUCUCCAACUGCUCUUUUAUUAAAAGCACUCUGUAUUUUCACAUCAUUUCCCUGUGUCUUGCAAAUCUGAAUUGUUGUCUUGAUCCAGUUGUGUAUUAUUUUAUGACUUCUGAAUUUCGUGAUCAAUUUUCAGAGCAUGGUAGUUUGUUCAUCCAGUCUUGUGUGAGAUGUAAGGACAGUACUUUGGAAAUUCAUCAGAGGAAGGAGAAUCUUCAGACCAUCUCUCUUGAAUGUUUAGAUGUUCCAACACAAUGUGAUGAAAUGAUUAUCUAGAAUAACCUUUCUACUCUGUCAGGUUAGUCAUGUCAUGUCAUUUCAAAGUGAUACUGAGUGUUGGGAAGAAACAUCCCCUGCAAUCAAAUAAUCUGUCUACAGGAGUUCUCUAUGCCAAUAUCAUCUGUGGCCCGUCUACGAAAAAGCUUUCUCUUCACACAACGUGAUAGUCAACAAAAAGAGUCUCCUACCUAUUCCUCAGUAAGGGGACCAAUUGUCUCAUCUUCAUCUGAGAAAAAUAUAUUAAAAAGUAAUGGGUAUGUACAAGUUAUCUAAACAUUGGGAAGUCUACAUCAGAAUAUGACCCUAACUUUAUUUAGAAAACAUACACUACUUGUGCCAAUUGGAUGGCUUUUUAUAUUAAUAUGAAUUAUGGAAAUGACCAACAUUAUAACUUAAAAUAUCUGUACGAUUUUUCUUCACCUUAAA